AGCAAGUCAGAAAAUAUUCAGAAAGUUUCGAGUUCGGCGUUCGAGUGCUUUUGUUUUAUGGGGGGAAUAUGUCACAGUCGCCAGAGGAGAAUCAUGUACAUAAUUACUUCGCGCCCACCACGCUGCUCUUCUACUUCAACGAGCUGUGGGAGCUAUGGAACACCAUCAGCUGUCACCUGAUUACGUAUAUAGAGCGCGGCAGAGGUGAAUAUUUCGCAGGCUUUUGCAGUUUUCACUUUUGCUGGCAUUCGAUAGAGGAGGAGGAGGAGGAGCAAGAGGAGCAGCAGCUAGAGCAGUUAGAGUACAAUAUCGACAACGGAAGCAGCCUUGAGCAGGACGUGGACUACGAUGUCGAGCAGAGGCAACAGAACUUAUAUCAUUUGGUUCACAUGUCGCUCAUAUUUCGUGCCUCCCAUUUCAAUCAGAGUUGAGAUGGCCGGCAAAGCCAAAGUGAAAUCGAAAUUCCAUAACGCGUUUCUUUCUAUGCCGAAAUUGGUUAAAAACGUUGCAUUUUUACCUAUCUUUGUGUCCGUGGUGUGUGAAUGUGGGGGCAUAAGUGUAUGUGUGUGUGUGUGUGAAUGUGUAUGUUUGUAUGAUUUUGUAUGCAUGUGUGUAUGUGUGUAUGUAUAUGUGUGCAUCUGUGUGUGACAUCUUGGCAAAGCUUCAAUAAAACGUUUGGCAACGUGGCCAGCAAAUGAUAACCCACCAUGGCAAUAGAGCCAAGCAGCCAACCAGCCAGCCAGCCAGCCAACUCGUCACGGCUCAGUGGGUAAAAUAAAAAAU